GCCGCCGUCAUGGGCUGUUCCACCUGCAACUCCUCCUCCUCCUACCUUCGUCAGCCUUCUCUACCUGUCUGCCGGGGAAUAUCCUCCGCCCGCUCCGUCACUCUCUUCUUCACCGGCCAUUCCUUUCACCGCUGCAAACGGCUGAGUCUUCACGCUCAAGCACAUAAACCCGAUCUCUUCUUCCACUCCACGCCGCCCUUCCACAACAACCACGGCGGUGGCGACCGAGGUAUUGGCGGCGGCGGAGGAGGCGGCGGUGGGGAUGAUGGUAGCAGUAAUUUCUUCAAUUUCAAUUACAACCAAAUCUUCUUUCUGCCCUAUCAGUUGGAGUUCACCAAAGGAAGAGAGUCGUAUGUUUUCGCCCUACCCAAACAACUCUACCCAUUAUUCGUUUCUGUCUCCGCUUCCUUAGGUUACCUCCUCCUUUCCUCCGCCGAGGCGCGAGCUAGAACUGAUGAUUUUUCGAGGAACAAGGAGGAAGUCGUCUUCGAAAUUAGGGGAGGAAGAAGAGUUGAGUUGGUUCCGGAUUACUCCAAGGAUGAAUUUAUCGUUCCUGAAAGCAUGUGGUCGUGGCUGUCCAAAGGUGGAAAAUCCAAAUCCAUGUUGAAUUUGGGGGACAUUUGGAUGAAAUGCAGGGAGUUGGCGACUGGUUUGCUUCUUCCAGAGGGGUUUCCCGAUUCAGUUACAAGUGACUAUUUGGAAUACUCUAUUUGGAGAGGGGUUCAGGGUGUUGCAGCACAGAUUAGUGGCGUGCUUGCAACUCAGGCUUUGCUUUAUGCUGUUGGAUUGGGGAAGGGGGCGAUCCCAACAGCUGCAGCUGUGAAUUGGGUCCUGAAGGAUGGGAUUGGGUAUCUCAGCAAGAUAAUGCUAUCCAAGUAUGGCAGACAUUUUGACGUGAAUCCAAAGGGUUGGAGGCUAUUCGCUGAUUUUCUGGAAAAUGCUGCCUUUGGAUUGGAAAUCUUAACCCCUGCAUUUCCACAUCUUUUUGUUCAGAUCGGUGCCGUUGCUGGUGCUGGAAGAUCUGCUGCUGCAUUAAUUCAGGCAGCUACGAGGAGUUGUUUCUAUGCUGGGUUUGCUGCUCAGAGGAACUUUGCUGAGGUGAUUGCUAAGGGUGAAGCUCAAGGAAUGGUGAGCAAAUCCAUUGGAAUUGUGCUCGGCAUAGCAAUAGCUAACUGCGUGCAAUCUUCUACGCCUCUUGCCCUUGCUUCUUUUGGAUUCAUAACUUGGAUUCACAUGUUCUGCAAUCUGAAAUCAUACCAAUCAAUUCAGAUCAGGACUUUGAAUCCAUACCGUGCAAGCUUGGUCUUCAGUCAGUAUCUGCUCAGCGGCCUUAUCCCUUCCAUUAAAGAGGUCAAUGAUGCGGAGCCACUAUUUCCAGCAUUUCCACAUCUGACUGUGAAGCCAACAUUAGAAGAGCAGGUUGAUGUACUAUCAACUGAUGCGAAAGAUGCCGCUUCUGAUAUUGAUCGUCGCUUAGAGAUGGGUUCCAAACUUUCUCAAAUUGCAAACAGGAGAGAUGAUGCUGUUUCCCUAUUUGAUUUAUACCGGGGUGAAGGCUACAUAUUGACAGAGCUUGAUGGAAAAUAUUGUCAGGUUGUCCUGAAAGAAAACUCAUCUCCACAAGACAUGCUGAAGUCAGUAUUCCAGGUCUGUUAUUUGUAUUGGUUGGAGAAAAAUGCCGGAAUCAAAGCCAGCUCCACAUGUGAAGACUGCAAGCCUGGUGGAAAGCUUCAAAUCUCCUUGGAGUACGCACACAUGGAAUUCAACCAUGCCAAGAGUGAUGGUGAGGCUGCAGGCUGGGUCGUUGAUGGUCUCAUUGCAAGACCUUUACCCAAUCGAAUUCGUAUAGGAGACGAAACUACAUCCUCUGCUACUACAAGCUGACUUCCAAACACCUGUGUUCCAUGCAAAUAUAUUCCUCCUCGGAUUCUUCUUUACAUAAGAAUGACUAACUGUUGCAGUGCACAGGAAAGAGUUCAUUGAAAGUUGGAACUGCUUGAAUGCUCAAGUUUGGCAUUGUUAGGCAUGAGACUUUGACAGGGCAACACACUGGAGUGGUUCGGAUAUCCUCCUUCCUAAGUUUGGGGAACAUGGAUGGACAUACAUAGGGACCCCAGCAGAGUUAGGAGGUAUCCCUUGAAGACAAGAUGGUAUGAUUUUUUUUUUUCAACCAUGUGGCUAUAAUCUGUAGAAACACAGAUGGACAGAGAGAGAUAUUACUACAAUUUCUUUCUGGAAUAAUGUUAGUUGUUAUAGCAAAUAGUUGGAAGAUAUUCCUCUCUGGGCGUUCCUGUCAAAAUUUAUGGCGCCCUUAUCCCUUAUCCCCUUUCCAAAAUGGUUCUUGUUUUGUGGGGCAUUUUUUUUGUCCAUAUGGCUGAGUCAUGAGUAAGAAGAGGACCACAACCCCAAGGAAAAAGAAGUUGGUGAUAGUUUUUUGUGAGAUUUUCAGUCCAGGGUAGUUAUUAUUAGCAUCUGUGUAUUGAGAACCACUAGGUAAUUUCAGGAAAUUUAAUUUGUGUGCAUUAUUGGUGAGUGAGUGAGAGUGAUUGAUCAUCACAUUCGUGCCUGCCUGCAUUCACUAAUCAUCUCUUUCAUCUUUCCAAAAUUCGGGGCCAACUUGUGGUUUGCACACAACCCUCCCGCCCAUCCAAACAGGAUUAUAGCUACGAUUUGGCGAGGCAGUCCGAGGUAUGUCAAAUGGGGUGGGUUAGCCCCAGAUCCGUUCUUAAUGGUGCGGGUUCGAAUUUAAAAAUAUGUUUUGG